AUGGCGCGGGGCGGGGCGACGAGCUGGAUUGGACCGUCGGAGACAUCCGCUUCCGGGGCCGCGGCCAUCACCUUCUCUGGCUUUUCAGGACCGCCAGGCUUUACCCAGGCCCAGACCCCUACCCCGUCCAUUUCUGAGUCGCUGCCGCUCUCGCCCGCGUAUCCUCUACCUGAGCUGUGCUGCCUGUCUCACGAAGUCAUGUUGGAACAUCUGGGCUCGCUGCCCACUCAAAUGGAUUACAAGGGCCAGAAGCUAGCUGAACAGAUGUUUCAGGGUAUUAUUCUUUUUUCUGCAAUAGUUGGAUUUAUCUAUGGGUACGUGGCUGAACAAUUUGGAUGGACUGUCUAUAUAGUUAUGGCCGGAUUUGCUUUUUCAUGUUUGCUGACACUUCCUCCAUGGCCCAUCUAUCGCCGGCACCCCCUCAAGUGGUUGCCUGUUCAAGAUUCAGGACCAGAAGACAAGAAACCAGGGGAUAGAAAAAUUAAGAGACAUGCUAAAAACAAUUGA